GUUGAGACAGGAGUACAAGUUUGGAAGCAACCUCCUCUAUCUCUCCUCCCUCUCUGUUUUACAAUAGACAGGAAUGCACUAGGAAAAACUGGGGAAUCAGCUUCCUUUUUUUUCUCGCACAUAUCAGCCCAUGCUCAGAUACACUCCACAUACUGGUGAGCAAUUUAGGGAAGGAAUUUCAGUUCUCCCUCCUACUGCUCCACUCACUCACAGGUAGUCAUUCAUGUAAGGGCGUUGCUUUCAGUGUUGCACAAAGUUGAGUGCCGUGGAGUUCCUGAAAUAUCAGUUCUUUUUUUCUUUUGCUGGAAGGGACAGCUCCUUCACCCAGCGGCAGCGGGCAUGGAGUCACUGUGGCAGUACCAGUUCAGGAUUAUUAUGCUGGGGGAUUCCACUGUGGGCAAGUCGUCCCUGCUGAAGAGGUACACCGAGGACGUCUUCAUUGAGUUCAUCAACCAAACGGUGGGGGUGGAUUUCUACGUGCACUUCUUGGAGGUCGAGCCAGGAGUGCGGAUCAAGCUCCAGUUCUGGGACACAGCCGGACAGGAGAGGUUCAGGUCGGUGACCCGGUCCUACUACCGCAACUCCGUGGGCGGGCUGCUGGUGUUCGACCUCACCAACAGGAGCUCCUUUGAGAGCGUGCGGGAGUGGCACAGAGAGGUACAGGAGCGAGUGCACCCCCAGAAAAUGCUGUUCCUGCUGGUGGGGCAGAAGAGCGACCGGACGGGGGAGCGAGCGGUGGAGCGGGAGGAGGCCGAGCUGUUAGCCCAGGAGCUGGAGGCGCCCUACGUCGAGACCUCGGCCAAAAGCGGCACCAACGUGACGGGGGCUUUCGAGCAGCUGACGCGGCGGAUAUACGAGGCGCUGCGCAGCGGGGACCUGCAGAUCCGCGAGGGCUGGGACGGCAUCAAGUGCUCUGCCCCGCGGGCCCUGGAGCUGCGACCCCCCGCAGAGAAGCCCCCCGAGAGCAACAAGCCCUGUCCCUGCUAGCUUCACCCUCUGGAGAAAACAAAAGAGCUAAGAACUCCGAUACACUCUGGGGCAAGGCUCCCGGAAUGAAAAGCGAAUUCCCCUAGAAAGCAGCAGAUCCUUUUCCACCCGAAUGAAUUUGGACUUCAGUAUUAUACGUAAUUUAUUCGUUUUUGUGAUAUUUCAAUCGAUCGAAACCCCAAACCGAAUCGAUGUCAUGAUUUCGUGCUCCCAUCAGUCUCCUCCAUCCCUGCUGCGUCCGAGUUCUGCGAGACAUCUGCAUGCUGAUAAUUUCAUCAGGCGUCGAUCUAAGGGACAAAGACUCGAAAACAAGUGGUAAACUACAGAGGACGAAAUAUCACGAGCAUUGCAAAUCUAUACAAAAGUAUGGAAACCUUCCAUUGUGGUGCAUUACGUUACUUUUAUUUUGAAUCCAUUGUGAAAACUUGAAAAGAAAUUUAGCAGGCAUGUUUAGAAUGUGGAAUCAAUCUGGGUGAUUCUCCAACUGCAUCGAUUACCAAACAGCUCAAUUUUACGAAACAGCCGAGCACUAUGGGAAUAUGUUCUUGAAAAGGAAAGAAUGAGUACCGUUUUCAAGGUUUUCUUAUCCUCACAAACUGACAGCCUGUGUAUAAUGGCCACCUUGCAGGUCCAUGCAUCUUACAGGGUGUGCCCAAGGACAUGUUGAGUUUUUAUUUAAAGAAAUGUUCCACUUCAAUAAUGAAAAAUAAAACGAUUUUUUGUCUCUCCA